AUGUCUCAUCUUGCACGGAGCAAUGGGAGGCCAGAACCGGAGGUUAUAGUCAACUUCGCAGACGGAUGUGCGUAUUCGAAGGGCAAGAUGGAGGAAGUGUUUCGGAGUGGAUUCAUGGACAAGCCUGUUGCUAAGCACGCGAGGGAGCCUGGUAGUGCAAAGCGGGAUGACAUAGAUCUCCUUGUGCACGAAUUGGAGAUCCCUCGACAUCAAGCAGAAAGGCUACUCAUCGAGAAGAACGGGGACAUCGUUCGAGUGCUCGAGGACUGGGUCUCUAUUCCAGGAUCAUCGUAA